AUGGAAGCUCAGCUGGGAUCUCCCAAGCUGUUUCGACACAGCACAAAGCCACACAAACAGCGCAACUAUUUGUAUGUUGGGUUUGUUGCCGUGGGACUAUUAAUCAUCGGCAUUGCCGUUUAUAUUGUUUCUGCCGUGUUGCAGACUGGCGAUAUAUUCAGGUACACGCCGUCUUUUGACCCGUCCAGCGCGCAAGAGACGGUGUUUUACGAUCUGAAGGACUACAUGGGUCAUUCUGACGGGUGGUACAGGGGCGACCAGAUUUUGAUCUGUGUGCCGUUGCGAGAUGCCGCAGAUCAUCUACCCAUGUUCUUUGGACAUCUGCGCAACAUGACAUACCCGCACGCGCUGAUGGAUCUUGCAUUUCUUGUUUCUGACUCGUCAGACGAUACUAUGGGCACACUCAAACAACACUUGGAGGAACUACAGGCCGAUAAGGACCCCAACAUGCAUUUUGGACAGAUAGAGAUAUACGAAAAAGAUUUUGGUCAGGUGAUUGGCCAAGGAUUCAGCGACAGACAUGGGUUUGCUGCACAGGGGCCUCGGCGACAGAUGAUGGCGCGUGCACGGAACUGGCUUUCGUCGGUGGCGUUAAAGCCGUACCAUUCGUGGGUGUACUGGCGAGAUGUCGAUGUGGAGACGGUUGCGCCUACGAUUAUUGAGGAUUUGAUGCACCACGACAAGGAGGUGAUAGUCCCCAAUGUGUGGAGACCGUUACCUGAAUGGUUGGGGAACCAACAGCCGUACGACCUGAACUCGUGGCAGGAGAGCGAUGGCGGGUUGCAGUUGGCGAACUCGUUGGACGAGAAUGCUGUGAUUGUGGAAGGAUAUGUUGAGUAUGCCACAUGGAGACCGCAUCUUGCGUACUUGCGCGACCCUUACGGAGACCCGGACACCGAGAUGGUGCUUGACGGGAUAGGGGGUGUUUCGAUCUUGUCGAAGGCGUUUGUGUUCAAGAGCGGUGCGCAUUUUCCUGCGUUUGCGUUUGAAAAGCAUGCUGAGACGGAAGGUUUUGGCAAGAUGUGCAAGCGGAUGGGUUAUUCUGUGAUUGGGCUUCCGCACUACGUGAUCUGGCACAUCUACGAGCCUUCGAAUGACGACCUAAAGCACAUGGAAUGGAUGGCCCAGGAGGAGACCCGGCAACAGCGAGAACAGAGCCAGCAGAAACAGUACGAUCGGGUUUAUCAGGCCGGGUUUUUGGACGUGAAGGAGAACUGGGACGAGGAAAAGCCGAUGAUCUUACGAAACACAGACAGCUCGCGUGGGUCACGCAAGAUCGACGUUGUUUGGGAGGACGUGGAUACGUUCAAUGCUCAGCCAAACUCCAAGCUGGCCGAUUUCGACCCGGCUGUGUAG